GGCCGCACGUCAGUCAGUCCGCGCCGAGCGGCCGAGCGAGCGUCAUGUCGACGUGUGCGCCGCGCGCGUGCUGUCGGCCGCGCGCCCCGCCGACUCUUCUCGACAUCACGGCGAAGAUAGUCGCGUCCGCGAUCCCCUUCCAGCGCAUCGAGGAACGCUAUGAGCGUAUCCCGGAGCCGGUGCAGCGGCGCGUCGUGUACUGGUCGUUCCCGCGGGACGAGCGCGACAUAUGCAUGUACUCGUCGCUGGCGCGCGCGCCGCCCGACGACCACCGCAGCCUCGCCUUCUGCCGCGGCCUCAAGCUGCUGGAAGCCGGCUGUGUGGAGAGCGUGCUGCAAGUCGGUUUCCACCUGAGCGGGGUGGUGCGCGCGCCAGCUGCAGUUCCUCCCUGCUCCGAACCGGAGCGGCUGUACCGCGUCACCGUCUCCUUUGACAGAUGCAAAAUAACCGGCGUGACGUGCACCUGCGAGGCGCGCGACAUCUUCUGGUGCCAGCACGUGGUCGCGCUCGCGCUCUACCGCAUCCGGAACGCUGACUCCGUGCGCCUGCGUGUGCCCAUCUCAGAAACCCUGCUCCAAAUGGACAGGCAGCAGCUGCAGAAGUUCGUCCAGUACCUGAUAGCGGAGCACCACACGGAGGUGCUGCCCACGGCGCAGCGCCUGGCCGACGAGGUGCUGCAGGCGCGCUCCGCCAUCAACAGGAUCUGCGGCGCGCCCGACCCCACCGCCGGCCCGCCGCCCGACGCGCACCACGCCUGGCACUUGGACGAGCAGCAGGUCUGCGAGCAAGUGCGGGCGUACUUAUUACAGGGAACUUAUUAUAAUGCUAACAAGCAACUAAAUUCUUUAUUUUCUAAGGUUCGGGAAAUGCUUCGCGCCCAAGACUCAAACGGUCCAAGAAUGUUAAUGUUAAUGACUGAACAGUUCCUAUCAGACCCUCGGCUACUGCUGUGGAGGAAUCAGAACACGCCAAUGACGGAGAAGUGCAGGCAGCUGUGGGAACAGCUGGGCGCGUUGUGGGUCAGCAUAGUGCUAGACCCUGGCAGCAACAAGCACCACCGGAUGCAGUGGAGGCACUUGUUAGACAAAUGGUCUGCGGUGGAAGUCUGUCCGACUGAAGACCCGGACUAUAGAUCGUUUCCUUUGUACGCGCGAGAGCGAGAAAGAAACGAGAGAGACCGAGACAGAGAUCACAGAGACAGGGACAGAGAUAGACACCGCGACAGAGAAGAGAGGGACAGAGAGAGGGUUCGGGAACGAGAGGAGAGAGAUCGUGAAAGACACAGAGAAAGACAAAGGAGAGAAAUGCAUUCCCAUUCAGAAAGUUCUGAUGAAGAAUCUAGACCUAAUAAUUAUGAACGAGAAUAUAGGAGAGCAAGCAAAAGACUUAGGCUACACAAUCAGAGAUCUACGCCAUUAACACCAAGAACAGUUUUCCACAAAGCCCUUGACGCGGUAGACAUAUCCUGGGAGAACGAUCAUCUGAAGAACAUCCUGGGAUCAGACGAGUUCUCUGACCCCGAGAAGCCAGACAAAGCCGGGGCUUCAAUGGAAACAACUCUACAGCCUUAUCCUAAGUUCAACGAACUAGGACAACCUUUAUGGCAUGAACACUUGCCAGUAGUGGGCGCGCGGAUAGAAGCGCUGCGAGCGCACGGACGCGCGCCCGCGGCGCUGCGGCUGGCGGUGGCGGCCGGGCGCGCCAUGCGGCACCGCCAGGAGGUGGCGCAGCAGCGCUGGCACGACGCGGGCGGCGGCGAGGCGUCCGGCUCCGGCGCCGCGUGCGCCAGCGACUCGUGCGCCGGCCAGUGCGACCGCGCCAAGCUGUCGCUGGUGUGCGCGCACAUGGACGCGGGCGCGUGCCUGCCGUGCCCCUCGCCCGCCGCGCCCACGUGCGCGCUCUCACACUCGCAGCGGUGUAUCGGCAGAGACAGCAGAUGUUGGACGGGCUGGACGCUGGAGGCGAUCUGGUGCGUGUACGAGUGCCUGGCGGACGCGUGCCUGGCGCCGGACGACCAGCGCGCCUCGCCGCGACUUCACACGUAUAUAGACGAGGAGCCCAACACUGGCCUGCCGCCUAGGUACCAGCACGUGCCAGUGGCGGGCAGCAAGAACCCCGAGGAGACGUACCUGGCGCUGGCGCUGGAGGCGGCGCUGCUCGGGCUGGGCAUGCAGAGGAUGUUGCCGCACGGCCUGUACGCGCAGGAGCGAUAUUGUAAGCAGGAGGAACGGCUAAUAAGCCAACUCCAGAGGGUAGAAGGCGAGGCAGCGGCCGGGGUCUGUGCAAGAGUAGCCCGGGCCCUCCUCGCAGGAGGUCCGUCCUCUUGCCUCGGCACCAAGGUCCAUCCCCGGUCCGCACCAGCGCACACCUUCGCGAGGUUCCUGUUCUUAGCACUACUGCCCAGCGACCCGGAGUUAGCGUACCGGGUCGGGUUAAGGGCAAUGAGAUUACCAAUGGUUGAAGAAGCAUAUUCAUUGGACGGCGGCAGCGCGGCGGCGGGCGGCGCGGGUGCGUGGCACACGCUGCAGCACGCCGAGCAGCAACAGGCGGCGCUCGCUAGCGCGCUAUUGGGCGCAGCGCGGGGCAACCCGUCCCGACUCCGCGCGGCGCUGGCAGCCGCCCAGAGGCACGUGCGUUCCGCCGCGCAACUGUUCCGGCUGGCGCAGGAUGCGUUACGGCACGCUGCGCCGCCCGACGCGCCGCACCACCACCGAGACCUGCUCGCUGCUGCCUUUGAACUAGGAUUACAAGUACUAAGAAUGACGUUAUCAGCAGUGAACUGGCGGAGACGGGAAAUGGUCCGGUGGCUGGUCACGUGCGCUACGGAGUUAGGACUCGACGCGCUGCUCUCUAUCAUGCAGAAUUGGUACGAACUGUUCACGCCGACGGAGGCGACGGGGCCGGUGGCGGCGGCGGCCAUGUCCCACGCGACCGCGCUGCGGCUCGGCCUCAGCUUCGAGCAGCAGGAGAAACUCAGCGCCUGCGCCAGGACGCUCGCUCUGCAGUGUGCUGCUAAGGACCCCCCAGGCUGUGCUCUCAGCGCGCUGUCGGUGUGCGAGGGCUCCGCAGGCGCGUUCGAGGCGGCGUGCGCGGCGGUGGGGGGCGCGGCCGCCAGGGGAGCCCUAGCCUCCAGCCAGCUGUUCGCGGUGGCGCGCUACAUGGAGCAGAGGGGGCAGCCCGCGCGCGCCAUGCGCCUCGCCACGCUCGCCAUGAGGAACCUACAUCUACAUUAUAAUCAGGACAGCCACCCAGCCAUCGCAGACAUCCACUGGGCGGUGGCGCUGGCGCACUCUCUGGGGCGCGCCGAGCUGCAGGCGAUGCUCCCUCUGCUGGUGAAGAACGUCCAGUGCGCACCCGUGCUGUCGGACGUGCUGCGACGCUGUUGCGUGGCGGCGGCGGGGUGUUCGCGCGCGCGGCCCCCUCCCCCGCGCCCGCCCACCCCCCUACGCCCACUACUGGAGGCGGCGCUGAGAGCGUACGCGUCUACAACGCACGCGCGCCUCGCGCACAUCUCGCCGCGCCACUAUGCGGACUUUGUCGACUUCCUUGGUAAAGCCCGAGAUACGUUCGCGCUGGCGCACGACGGGCCGCACCAGUUCGCGGCGCUACUCCAAGAAAUCAAACUAAAGUAUAAAGGCAAAAAGAAACUCAUGUUCCUGGUUAAAGAACGGUUCGGAUGAAACUACUUUAUUUGUGUAUGUAACAUUAUAUUGAACGUGUUUGGACAAGCAGGCCAUAUUUUCGUUGAUUUUAGAUUUUUGAAUAGUGUUAUUUUUUUUGUGCAAUAUGGCUGAUAAACUAAGAGAUGGUGAACAAUUUGUUUGAAGCGUUUUACAGGUAAAUUUAAUUCUAAAUAAUUCAACAGACUAUACUUAUAUUGUAGUUUGGCUAUGAUUAAGUGAGGUCCAGGGAGAGGCUUAACAAAAAACAAAUUAUUGAGUUCUUUGUUCAAGAAAUUGUCAGUGAUAGACUGUAAACAGUUUUGGUGCGCAUUUUUUGCCACGGAAUGCACCUAAAGCCCGACUACAUUUUUGUAAGAACGUGCAACGUUCCAAAACUCAGAGUUUUAGGCGCAUAUAUACUUCUUCUUCUUCUUCUUCUUUUCUUCCUGGGCCUUAUCCGCACUUGGCCACUAAGGUUUGGCCGUUGUACGUGGGUCCCUUCGGUGCUGGUCCCCGCCGGAGUCACUCCAGCCAACCGAGCUCGCUCCAGAAGCUUAGCAGGCCGCCCAGGUCGCCGAACGCCUCAUGGAGUGUUGCUGGGGAUCCAAUGUGUGCUGCGCGUUGUUCAGAUACACCUCUGCAUCUAAGCAUAACAUGUAUCGGGGUUUCCUCUUCCUCCAUGCAUGCUCUGCAAAGAGGGCUGUCGGUUAUACCUAGAACCGAAAGGUGUUUGUUUAGUGAACAGUGUCCUGUCAUUAGUUCAGUAACAGUUUGCGCAUAUAUACAUUUGUACACUAAAUGAAUUCAUUUGUGAAUGACUCAAUUCAAAAUAAGAUUUGACUGAAUUUGGGCCUGUAAGAUUAUUUUAAAUGCUUAAAAAAAUUUAAGGUAAAUAAACUGAUACUUUAAACAUAUUGUUUGUCACCUCUAUACAUUAAAAUAUAUUUUUAUAACUAUGAUAUCUUUCGAAUAAAAAAAAGACAUUUAAUGAAAACUUGUUGCUAGUGUAAAAAUUGCGUACCUAAAACACGGCUAAACGCCAUUACCUCAUGUUACUUAGCGCGAGCCUAAUAGUAUAAGAGCUGCUGGUAUGUUUGGAUAGGUGCAUGAAAAUUUGUUUACCUUACUAGCCGAACUAUGUAUUUUGUAUUUGCAACCUGUAUUUGUAUGAAAGAUCUUAAACACGUAAAAUUAAAAAAUAAAAAUAAUGACAUUAUUAAAAUUAAAUCGUAAAAUAUUUUUAAAGCGCCUCUUCAAAAUAUUCCACCAGCUCUCGAACUAUAUAUGUUGUACACUCAAUAUGUACCAAAACCAGUCGUUUUUUAAGUAUUAUUUUCUAUGUAAACGUUAGAAUAUAAAAUACCUCUUAGAUUUCGCUAAUGUAAGUACAUAGUUAGGUAGGUUAACGCGUAAUGAUCUCAAUGAUUCCAUUGUGUAAAUAGUAAAUAAUAAUUUAGUUUGUAAAUAUAGGACGAGUUAAGUGUAUUUUUUUAGUUUUUAGUUUGUUGAGAAGUGUUAGAUAUUUUUUGUAAUGGCGACAAUUUAUUGCGGGCGCCAUCUUAUUACGUCAAAGGACAUAUUUGUCUGUAAAACUAAGCGCACAUGUUACUAAUUUGAAAAACGUCAAAAUUUUCAAAUAAAUAGUGUUGUACUUUAAUUUGGGCAUAAAAUAUUUAUUUUCUACGCCUUAAAAAUUACCUCUACACUUCAGAUUGGUGAUGUGCGCUAUUACGAUAAAUUUUUGAUGUAAAUAAAAGCGCUCGCGUGGAAUAAAAUAAUUAAUACGCCGUUUAUAGCGUCCAAUAGCAGUGGAAUCAAUCAUAAAAUAAAAUGACACCACACCAAAGAAAUAUAAUAUUUAUAGGUAAUUCCAAAUGCGUGGAAUAAGCAAUGCCAUCUUUCCUACAGUAUUCUUGAGUAUUCUUAUAUAGGUGUUCGUUUUUAAUGUUAAGCUGUCACUUUUUACUGUUAUGUCGCCAUUUUGGUUGUUUAUGUUACGGCCAUCUUGUUCUCAUUUUUAUUAUGUUCUUUUUUUAAGUUGCACUGCAUUUUUAUUUUUAUAUUUGUAUUAUAUAUUUCGUCUUCGAUAUUAUCCUUCGAUUUCUACGUUAGGUUAGGUGUAAAGUUUCAACAAGAAGUGCAUUUAUAAAGGUAGAAAUGUUUAAUGUUUAAAGAUAGAUGUGACAUUGGAUAGUGUUCAGGAAUUUAGGAUCAAUUGAUGGUAGUGUGUAAGCUAUGGUGGACUUUUGUACUUUUUGUGGUGUGUACUAGGGUUGUGCAGAAUCGUUAUUUUUUCAUCCUUUGGAAUAUAAAUUAAUAAUCUAUCACUGAACGCGGAAAUAACGGUAUUCUGCCAACCCUAUAUUGUGUCAAAGAUGUUGUAACAAAAAUGGAAAUAUAUUGAGAUUUUGUUAUAAGGUAGAGCAAUACAAAACUAUUUGUUAAAUUUUUUCAAUAUUGGACUUUUCAACUUUCCUAAUCGAAAAUGUCAUGUUUAUUCAAUAUUUAUCACACUAAGCAAAAAUAAUAGGUAUUUGCUUUUAAACUAAAAACAAACUGAAACUGACUGAAAUUUUUAAUUUUGCCUCUUUGUCGUAAACAUUAUAUGAAUGGAUUGAACAGUUUGUUUUACACAAAUGCCACAUAAGGAAGAUGGCCAAACUAAAUUGACCAAUCUAAUAGUAUUAAUUAUUUAUUUGUUUCUACAUAUUGUGAGCAUGUUUUCUUAUACUAUCUUCGAGAUGAACUUGUUCUCAUAAACAAGCAAAUAAACCAUCUAUUGCCUUUAACAUGGUCAUAGAUGAUAAUUCUCAAGACAAACUCUUUUUUAGAGGUCAACUAUUAGAUCAGUCAAUUCAUUACUGGUGUAUGUGUAGCACCCUUAAUUUAGUUCUCAAACAUGAUAUGUGGACUUUUUAAAUUGGAUGAGCAAUAAUUUUUACGCCUUACAAGCCGGUCUGUGUUCAUUGUAAUAACUUCUGCAUAAUAAAACUAAUGGCGAUAUUAAUCAAAAUAAAAUGUGUCUAAAGAAGUUUAUUUAAUAUUCUUCUUAUUUAGCUGAAUGAAAAUUAUGUAAGUUAAAAAGAACUAUUGUUUAUUUUUCCACACACACACACACACACACACAAGUUACAGUGGUGUUAAUUCUUAACAAAAAACAAGGUUCUAAAAUAUUUUUAUUUAUUAUUUGUUAAUUUAUUAAAUUUACUGGUAAAACUGAUUUUCUAAUUUAUCAUGAAAAUUUCUGUUCAGUUCUGUAGUGUUUAUAAUAGUGUCUAAAAUCAAAUGCUACGAUGUUGUACAGAAACUCAAAAUAGAUAUGGUGACUUGCCGCAUUGGACCUUCAAGCAUUAAAAUUAACCGCAAGUGCCUUCAGGCGAGUCCAAAUUUUUUUCAGACCGGCUUUUCGUUAAAACUGUACAGUUUUAUUUUUUUAUCUCUUUGUACUGCACUUUAUGUCGAUUAUUUGAAAUUGUGUUUUACGUAAAACGUAGACACCCUUCAGUGCUGAUUAAGAAGGUGAUAAUUUCAAUAAAAAUAUUAUAAACAAAAA